GGAGAGGUGAGCACGGAGAUUUGUGUAUUGCCAUUAUCACAAAGCGCUUAGUCAUCGUUUCCGAAAGCGUGCACAUCGCAUGACAGUUGCUCUCUGAUGAACAAGUGGGACAGAACGAUUCCGGAAUUGUUCCAGAUUAACACAACGUUUUAAAAAAAAAACAACAACAAAAAAACAAAAAAUAUAACUACAGCUAAAGCAUCACAAGCGAGACAAACAUGAGGUCGCCCUAGCACGACCCACAUUUCACACCACGGAGAAACACAUCAGAACAAUCAUCGUGGACAACUAACAGAUCAGAUAAGGUGCUUCGCACGGUCGGGAGUGGAUGCAUCUGUCCCACUGCCUUCACAUCAAAGACAAGUCUGUUAUUGUCGCCCUCGUUGUUGUUUUCUUCAAGUGUCCUCUGUCCUCCGUGUGGGUCAACGAGGAAGAAAGACAUCGAGAGCUUCUGAUGAGAUGCUUGACCUAUCUUUUCUAAGACCACAACUCUUCCUAACGGAGGCUGCCCUGACAUCGAGCGCCAUCUAAAGGAAGUAGGUAACAAGUGCCGGAGGACAAAGUUCACCUGGAGGCGCAGGUAGAAAGGUUGGAUCAUGUCUGUCAACAUUCCUGGUCUGUGUGCUGUGGUGGGCUUCUACAUCGUCAUCCUCGUCAGCGGCAUCAUCGCAGGCAGGAAGACGGCCAAGUCCAAGUCGCGGGAUGACAUCAUUCUGGCCAACCGGUCCAUGGGUUUCUUAAUCUCCUUUUUCACUGUCACAGCGACGAUGAUAGGAGGCGGCUACAUCAAUGGAACAGCUGAGGCAGUUGCUUUCCAGGGGUUACUCUGGGCUAAUGCCCCCAUCUGCUAUUGUAUUUCGCUUUUUAUCGCUGGCCUGGUAUACGCACCCAAAAUGCGCAGAGGGGAGUAUGUCACGAUGUUCGACCCCUUCCAGCUCAAAUAUGGUCGAAAGGUUGGAGCACUUCUAUUCCUCCCUCAGGUGCUAGGAGACCUCUUCUGGUCAGCGGCCAUUCUGUCAGCUCUGGGCAACACCAUCUCUGUUAUUCUCGAUUUCGAUGCCACCAUCUCCGUCAUUAUCUCUGCCUGCGUCGCUAUCGUCUACACAUUUCUGGGCGGACUGUACUCCGUGGCCUACACUGACGUCAUCCAGCUGGUCUUCAUCGCCGUGGGCCUGUUUCUAGUGUUUCCUUUCGCCAUGAACCACGAGGCUGUGGAUCUAAGCAGGGUGUCCGACACGUGGUUGGGAACUAUUCCUACCUCUUCCAUUGGCGUCUACCUCGACUUCACUCUUCUCCUUAUCUUGGGUGGUCUCCCUUGGCAGACGUACUAUCAGAGGGUGCUGGCGUGCAAGAGCGCCAGAGUAGCGUGCGUCAGUUCGCUGGUGGGAGCAGUGGCCUCGGUCAUCCUCGCCAUCCCCCCGUGUGUCAUUGGUGUCGUCGGAGGCUCAACAGACUGGAAUCUAACCACAUACCCGGGCGAGAUACCGAUUCCGCCUUCAAAGCAGAGCUCCAUCCUGCCGUUAGUACUGCAGUAUCUCUGUCCGGUUCCUGUCUCUGUGAUUGGCAUCGGCGCCGUGUCAGCAGCUGUCAUGUCCUCCGCCGAUUCCAUCAUUCUGGCCUCCGCUUCAGUGUUUACCAAAAACAUUUACUGCGAGAUCAUACGACCUAAGGCCUCGGACCGCGAGAUAUUGUGGGUGCUGCGGGGGUCCAUCGUCUUGGUGGGCGUGCUGGGCACGGUGGUGGCCAUUACUGUCAACAGCAUCUACGGCCUCUUCGUGCUCUGCUCCGACCUCAUGUACGUCAUCCUCUUCCCCCAGCUGACUCUCGUCCUGUGGUUUCCCCCGGCCAACGCCUACGGCUGUCUGGCCGGCUACCUGCUGGCGCUGACGCUGAGGCUGCUGGGAGGCGAGGGCUUGCUGGGGCUGCCGGCCGCCUUGCACUACCCGUGGUACGAUGCGAGCGAAGACGUGCAACGUUUCCCUUUCCGCACCUUCUCCAUGCUGUGCUGCGUGCUGGCCAUCGUGGUGGUGUCGCUGCUGACCAACGCCAUGUUCCUGCGCGGCUGGGUGCCGCUCAAGUACGACGUGCUGCGCUGCUCGCGACGGAGGACCAUCGAUGUGCGACCGAGCAAAGCCGAUGGACAAGCCACCGAGCUCGAACCGAUGGCACUGGCCGACGGUGAGGUCAAAGAAAAACUAUUUUCUAAUAAUUCGUCUUAGUCGCUCUACACGUCACGAUCAGUGCAUCACACCAGACGUCACAGCUGCAGCGGCGCACGACCGCAGACGUCACAGUUACCUCAGCUAUCACUACUGCGCCUAACGUCGAAACUGUGUCUCACGUAUGACGUCACCUCACAACGUUGGACGUCACAAAUGUGCAUCACGCUCAUGUCUUUUCAUGUCCGCACGUAACAUUAGACAAAACACGUGUUUGUUUUUCUGCGCAUGCGUCAAGAGUGGCCAAAAAUAAAUUUGAGUUAAAAGCGAUUACUUGUAAGCUUUAGAAGGGUAACGUACUAAUUAUAUUCGCUAAGUCAAAUUACUAAAGGAGACUUGCUUAGCAAAGCCAAGGAGUUUUUAAUGGAUGUUCCACAAAGAACUCACUUGACCUCUCAUUGUUUCGUGUUUGCAUUGGCGUAGAAGAAUUAUAACAAGCGAUCAUGAUUUUAUUUUGCUCGAGAAGGCAACAAACACACUUUUGCCAUUUUUUUAUAGGAACUCCUCCGCUUAAAACAAGUAUUCUCUACUGAAAUGAAUUUCGUGUUUAAACAGUUCAUUCUGCAAUCUUCCUUCAUCCUGCUUUUUGUCAUUUCUUUUGUAAAGCCUACCGUAUACAACAGUCUGUAAAGACUCCAUGGAAUGGAAAUGUUGACAAAGAGAUGCCAGACUAAAACAUAACAUGUGGAUUUGGAAUCAAUGUUAUGGUUAGAAAUGUACACGAUAACAAAAUCGUUUAAAAUUUAGAACCAGUGAUGUUUGUUCACUUUGUACAAAUAUUUCAGAGCAGCUUUGGAGUCGAGAGGAUGGGUGGCGAAUAGCAAUAUACUACUAUGGUAUUAAACAUGUUAUGUAUUUUUGUUUGCUUUAUACAAAGCUAAAUCAUUAGUGUGCAUGAAGACUGAUACACAUUAUUCAAGGUUAAGUUACAUAGACAUCAUAUAGACAAUAAACUGAUGUUGUUUAGGUAUUAUGUUUAAAUUAUAAUGCAUUAAAAGGCGUUAUAGAUA